AUGACGAAGAGGCCGGCUGAAGAUCCACUUGAUGAGCCUGUUCAGAUAGACUCGCCUGCUUCAAAGCGACCCAAGAUCUAUUCUACGGAAGAACCAACAGACGCGACGGCCCAUGCACGAAGUCUCACAGAUCGUACGGAACAGAGGUGGAAUGGCAAUGGACAUAAUUUGAAUGAAGAGACAGCUACAUAUGAAGGCGGGGAGAAAGAAACUAGAGAUACAACCGCAGAGGAAUCAGACUUGGAGGAGGAUGAUAAUCGCCAUCGAACCGUUAGGCAAAACGCACCCCUGGAAGGAUACGACGACUUAUACUUGGAUACAAUACAAAGAGCCGCUCUCGACUUUGAUUUCGAGAAGCUAUGCUCGGUUUCGUUAUCGAAUAUCAAUGUCUAUGCGUGCUUAGUAUGCGGCAAAUACUACCAAGGGCGCGGUCCGAAAUCGCACGCCUACUUCCAUGCCCUCGAGGUUGAACACCAUGUCUUUAUUAACAUGGAGACGAAGAAAGUUUACGUGUUGCCAGAAGGAUAUGAGGUGAAGAACAAGAGCUUGGAUGAUAUCAAAUACGUGGUUGAUCCUCACUUUUCCAAGGAGGAGGUGGCAAAGCUGGAUAAGACGGUCAUAGAUGCAUUUGAUUUGUCGGGCAAACGCUAUAGGCCAGGGUUUGUUGGAAUGAAUAAUAUCAAGUCCAAUGACUAUCUAAAUGUCAUAGUUCAGUUGCUUGCGCAUGUCCGCCCAAUUAGGAACUUCUUUCUACUCCAUGACUUCCCAGCUCUGAGCACUCCCCAGCUUCCUCUGAGAUUUGGGGUACUGGUCCGCAAACUAUGGAAUCCCCGAGCUUUCAAGGCACACGUUUCGCCGCACGAGCUACUCCAAGAGGUUGCAAUACGAUCGUCUAAACGUUUUACCUUAACGAAGCAAUCGGAUCCCAUCGAGUUUCUCUCAUGGUUUUUGAACAACCUCCAUCUGACUUUGGGGGGCUCCAAAAAACCUUCCUCAAAGCCAACUAGUGUGAUUCAAUCGGCAUUCCAUGGCAAACUUCGCAUUGAGAGUCAGGCCAUCACAGCUAGGUCCGACAGCGCGAAUGCCCGCCUUGUCUUUUCGGAAUCAAGCACAACCACAUCUCAGGUCAACCCCUUUCUAAUGCUUACGUUGGAUCUUCCUCCCACUCCCCUAUUUCAAUCCUCAAACAAGGAUUCUAUUAUACCCCAGGUCCCUCUUACCACGCUUCUAAACAAAUAUAAUGGUAUCACUGCGUCAGAGAAACUUGCCCACCGUGUACGGCACCGGCUACUACACCCUCUACCGCCUUACCUUCUUUUCCACAUCAAACGAUUCAGUAAAAAUAAGUUUGUUGCUGAGCGAAAUCCAACUAUAGUUACCUUCCCAUCGCCUCAUGGACUUGACAUGUCGCCAUAUGUUGAGCCCGACCCGUCAGUAUGCCCUCCAGGUGAACCUAUUAUUUAUGAUCUAGUAGCAAAUGUCAUUCUUGACGCUGCAGUGAAUGUUCCAGGUGGGCCAGAAAAUGCCGCAAACAGCGCUGAGACGGCCAAGGAUCUGACCGAAACUGGGCCAUCUGCGGCUAGUACAACCACACCAGGCGCAGCCGCAGGGAAUCAUAAGGUGUCAUGGCUUAUUCAACUAUAUGAUAAGGCCAUGGCUACGGAGAAUGCCCAACAACAGCAGCAGAAGGGACCGGAGUGGCUGGAGGCCCAGGAUCUUUGGGUUAAACGUACAGAAAGUGAGACACUAUUUACGCGGGAAGGAUAUUUAAUGGUUUGGGAAAGGAGGAAGACAAAACCUCCCGGAAGUAAGUGA